AUGUCUGACCUCAAGGCAAACGUCUCUGAGACGUCUCAGGGCUUCCACGUUGAAGGCUAUGAAAAGAUCACGUACGACUUCUCCUUCGUCGACGGAGUGUUCGACGUCCAGAACCCCGGAUUAGCCAGCUGUUACAAGCCAUGGGGACGCGUUCUUGCCGUGACGGAUAAGAACGUGUACGCCCUUUAUGGAGACAAGAUGGAGUCGUACUUUUCUCACUAUGGGCUGUCUCUGAAGGUCCACAAGACCUCGAUCGGUGAGAAGGCCAAAACUAUCGACACCUUCUUGAGCAUCUGUGAUUCCAUGACCGAGUUCGGCAUCAUCCGCAAGGAACCCGUGCUUGUUGUAGGAGGAGGACUGGUCACCGAUGUUGCUGGCUUCGCCUGUGCGGCUUAUCGUCGCAGCACAAACUUCAUUCGCGUGCCCACGACAGUCAUUGGUCUCAUCGACGCCAGCGUCAGCAUUAAAGUUGCAGUCAACUACGGCAACUACAAGAACCGUUUGGGAGCUUACCACGCUCCGAUCCACACUUUCCUGGACUUUACAUUCCUGCGGAGCCUGCCCAUCUCCCAAGUACGGAACGGCUUCGCGGAGCUGAUCAAGAUCUCGUCCUGCUCCCACCUACAGGUGUUCAAUUUGCUGGACAAGUACUGCGAGCAGUUGAUCUCGUACAAAUUCGGAAGAGCGGAUGGCUCAUCCGAGGAGCUAGUCAAGGCAGCUGAUAUCAUCAACCGCGAGGGAAUCUACGAGAUGCUGAAGCUCGAGUCCCCCAAUCUGCACGAGAUUGGCCUUGACCGCGUCAUUGCCUAUGGACAUACCUGGUCGCCUCUGCACGAGCUGAUCCCCUCUACACCUCUGCGCCACGGCCACGCCAUCUCUAUCGACAUGGCCUACAGCGCAACCCUUGCUCACCACCGCGGCCUCUUGUCAGAUGCGGAGCACACGCGGCUCCUGACCUUGUUCUCCCGUGCUGGUCUGUCCAUUGACCACCCACAGUUCGACGAGGAUGUGCUCGAGCGCGGCACUGCUGCUAUUCUGAAGACCAGAGACGGAAAGCUGCGGCUAGCCGUUCCCAACCCGCUGGGUAGCUGUACGUUCCUGAACGACGUCUCCAAGGAGGAGUUAGCCCUUGCGCUCAGGAAGCACAAGGAAAUCGUCAAGAACUACCCAAGACAGGGUGAGGGUCUUGAGGCUUAUGUGGACGAUAGCGACACUGGUUACACGGAUCUGGAGUCCGAGAACCAGAGUGUUCUGAACACGGUCAUGGAGAACGGCGACAGUGCCAAGAAGAAUGCUGCAGCAUUCUUUUCGAAUGGCGCAGUGAACGGCAUGAGUGGGCAUAGCAACGGCCCUGUGGAUGAUCUUAUAUCCUCUAUGGACAAUUCGCGCUACUAUGAAAUCCACCGGCGAUUUGUUCCAAUUGUAAAAUGA